UCUCGCCGUGAGAUGACGAUGGGCGGAUCAGGCCGGAAGCAGCAUGGCGGCCUCACUGCCCCGGACUCAGAUCCUGAAUAACAAUGCUGUGUACGAGAAGUAUUUCCACCAGGUGGAAUCAUCUGGCUCAGGGAGAGUGUUGGCCGCAGAUGCUGCACUUUUCCUAAAGAGGUCUGGCCUUCCAGACUUGAUACUCAGCAAGAUUUGGGAUUUGGCAGAUGCAGAUCGCAAAGGAUAUCUUAACAAGCAGGAGUUCUUCGUUGCGCUGCGGCUUGUGGCCUGUGCACAAAAUGGGAUGGAUGUCACUGCCAGCAGCCUUAGUGCUGUUGUCCCUCCGCCCAGAUUUCAUGACACGGGGAGUCCUUCCUUACUGGAGCCUGUUGUGCCUUUGGACCUUCCUUGGGCUGUCAAGCCAGAAGAAAAGGCCAAGUAUGAUGCAAUCUUCAACAGCUUGAACCCUGUGAAAGGAUUUCUGUCUGGGGAUAAGGUGAAGCCAGUGCUGCUCAACUCCAAACUACCUGUGGAUAUCCUGGGGCGGGUCUGGGAAUUGAGCGAUAUAGACCAUGAUGGACUCUUGGACAGAGAUGAAUUUGCAGUUGCCAUGCUUCUGGUGUACUCUGCCCUGGAGAAAGAGCCGGUGCCUAUGUCAUUGCCACCUGCUCUGGUGCCACCUUCAAAAAGGAAAGCAAGUAGUGUUGCAGUUUCCACGCCGUUAAUCCCUCCUCCCCCAAUGCCGCCUUCAAAAGAACCACGGCAGCCACUUCCACAAGUUGGAAUUCAGCCCACAAAACCACCACCAGCAGCACCACAGUGGGUCGUUUCGCACACAGAAAAAAAUAAAUAUGAUGAGAUCUUCCAGACCCUGGACAAAGACAUGGACGGCCUGGUUUCUGGGAUAGAAGUGCGUGAGAUCUUCCUGAAGACGGGCCUGCCGUCAGCUUUGCUGGCACAUAUCUGGACUCUCUGUGACACCAACGACUGCGGGAAACUCUCGAAAGAGCAGUUCGCUCUGGCUUUUUAUUUCAUUAACCAGCGGUUGUCAAAGGGUAUCGACCCACCUCAUCUUCUCACCCCUGAAAUGAUCCCUCCAUCUGAGAGGAUAGCAGCAGCCAAUUGCUAUUGGGGAAAUGCUUGUGGUGAUACCAUGUGUAAGAAGCCUUUGGCUCCCAGUCCAGUUGCUGAUUUUUCUGCAAUUAAAGAACUAGACAGUUUAAACAAUGAAAUAGUAGAUUUACAGAGGGAAAAGACAAGUGUGGAACAAGAACUGAAUGAAAAGGAGGAAGCUGUGAAACGGAGGACAAAUGAGGUUCAGGACCUUCAAGAAGAGGUGGAACGGGAAAGUAACCAUCUGCAGAAGCUUCAGGCUCAGAAACAAGAGGUGCAGGAGGUCCUGGAGGGUUUGGACAAGCAAAAACAACAGCUUGAGUGCCAACUCCAAGAGCUGCGCUUGCAGUGUGCCGAGGAGGAGAAGCUGAUUUCUUCUCUGAGAGCUGAGAUAACCAAUCAAGAGUCACAGAUUUACACUUAUGAAGAUGAACUGAAAGAGGCAAAGGAAGAACUGAGCCGGCUGCAGGAAGAGACCGUGCAGUUGGAGGAAAAUUUGGAAACAGGGAAGAGUCGGCUGGAGCCACUAGAAAAGGAAUUACAUGAAUCUCAACAAGAGAUCCGUUCUGUCCAGGAGAAGUUGAAAGAAUUGAAGGUGUCUGAGAAUCACUUUGGGGAUCAGCUGAACUGGUGCAAUCAUGUGGAACCACCUCUGGUUAAUGGGAAUGCAGAUCACUCCAGUCUCAGUAACAGCAGCAGUGAGAAUGCAAACCUGCACCAAAAUGCUGAGUGUGAGACCCUGGGCCAGCUGGAUUACCAGACCACUAGCUCACCUGUAAGAAGUAGUCCGGAAAUAACACACACAUCAGGCAGUGAUGCAGAAGAAAAAGAAGAAAACCCUCCUGAGAAGGUCAUUUUCCAAGUUGAUCCUUUUGACAUGAAGCUGAAUGCCCCAACACCGCCACUCACUGUGGAGUCCGGACUGGACUUCUUCCAGAGCGAUCCCUUUGUUGGCAGUGACCCAUUUAAAGAUGAUCCAUUUGGAAAAAUAGAUCCAUUUGGAGGAGAUCCCUUUAAAGAUUCAGAUCCAUUUGCAUCUGAUGUAUUUUUCAAGCAGCUGCCUUCAGAUCCUUUUACCACUUCCAAAGCAGAUCCCUUCGCAGCUACGAUGUCAGAAGACUUCCCUUCUGAAGAACCUUUGAAAAGUGACGAUCCUUUUGCACCAGGGGGAACAGCUGCUCCAGCAGUGAUUGAGACAGGACCAGAGGAUCCUUUCUCUUCCCUGUUUGGUAAUGAGUCAUUUGGAAGUGGGUUUGCCGACUUUAGCACAUUGUCCAAGCCAUUUAGUACCACAGACACUUUUGAUGCUACUUUACCUAGUAAAGAAAAGAACAUGCUUGACGAUGAAUCUUCCCAUGAAGAUGUUCCUCCUGCAUUGCCUCCAAAGACUGGAACCCCCACUCGCCCCUGUCCGCCCCCUCCAGGGAAGAGACCUUCCUUCAAAACAGAAUCUUCUGGUGUUGUCCAUCAAACUGACCCCUUCCAGCCAUUCAAUAUCAGCUUCUCCAAAGAUACAGAAUUUGACGCCUUCACUGAGAACAAAGGUGUUAUGGAAGUUGGGACUCUGAAUAAGGCAAACACUUACCAAACCGAGGAUGAUCUAAUUGAGUGGGCGAAACGAGAGAGUGAGCGGGAAGAGGAAGAGAGGCUCGCAAGACUGAAGCAACAGGAACAGGAAGACUUGGAACUGGCGAUCGCACUCAGCACAUCUGAGAUAUCUGAAGCGUGAGAGGAUCACAGUUGUCGUGUUCUCCCUUAAAACCUAUUUACAAUAGUUUGCAGAGUGUAACGUUUUAAAGAAGUAUUUAAAAUUCCUCUUAACCCUUUUAUUACCGGAGCAGCCUGUAUAAACCACCCUUCCAGCAUUUUUUAUUUGUUAUGACUGAGGAGAGAUUUUGAGUAUCCCCAUACUCUGUGUGUGGUGCCUGCUUGUUAAAGGUUAUUAUAUAACCAGCUUUCAUGACCCUUCUGGAAAGUGGUGCCUUGUUUUGUCUUGUGUCUACGCUUAUAUGUUGCAGUGAUCUGCUGGCCUCCUGGCAGUGAAUGAGUUACUACUUGUGUACAUGGGCAGAGCCUUUCCAAGUGCCAAACACUUUUGUAGAGAUUAACUGGGAACCACUCCUGUUGCGAUAAAACAAGGGAGGAUAUAAUAUCAAGUGUUCUAUGUUUGUGAUCUAGUGUGACUGAGGUUCUCUAACAAUUCCGUUUUGGACACUCAUCUCAUUGGCUUAAGCAGUAAUCUACAGACUCCAUCAGACGGGUGUGAGCAGUAAAAUCCUCAUUAAUCUUAUACCAAGAACCUCUUGUGGCACAGCUGCUUUUUCUGAACCUUGACAAAGUGAGUAGUGCCCUGUUCAGGAUUUGUGAUCACACAGAGAUCCAUAAAAAAUGUUUAUCUUAAAGAGCCCAACAUUUCUGGGACAUUUUUUUUGGGAUAUGAACUAAACUGUGAUUGCUGUCCGCGUAUGGCAAGCGCUCAAGGAAUAUGCACAGCACAUAAGUGAACGUGAUCUCUCUGUGCCUGGUAACUCGCUAGCACAGUUAUUGCCGCACAAUGUGAUGCACUGAAAAGUUAAAGAUUCCACGACAUACCAAACUGGAACUUUUUAAACACUACUAGUGAUUGUGUUUAACUGCCAGAUGGAUCUAAAUGAUUGGAAUAAUUUGUAUUAAAUCUGUGUGUUGGAUAAUUGGAACCAGGACAAAGGACGACGUCACCCAAAGACCAGGCAUUCAUUUGCCCCUCUGGCAGCUUUAAACUUUUAAGCAGUCGUGCUUUUUUGUUAUUUUUGUUUGAGAUGUUUGCACUGAAUAACUAGUUAUUUAAAAAAAAACCAUAAUUUUCAAAUCUCAUCAGCUUUUUAUGUUCUCUUUAAUAUCUAGCAGUACAAAGUAUGUCUUUGCACUUGAGUCUGUUACAUUCAAAACAUUCUAUGCCAUUUAUUUGGAGUGGGUAACCUAGACAUUCUCUGUAUCAGUAUAACAUGACACGUGUUCCUAGGUAAACAGAGAAAUGCUUCUCUCUCAUAAGGUUGCCUUGUACACAAAUGUCUUACUGCUUUAUAUAGAGUCGUUUCUCUGUGAACAAAUACUCUGUGGACCAAUAUUGCUAUUAUAACAUAUGUAUAUAUCCGUUUAAGGAAAAUAUAGAAAUUUUAUUUUAUGUUCAUUCUACUGACGUACAGCCUCGCUGAGCUGGAAUAGUACCCAUAACCACUAGCAAGAAAGCAAGACAUUUAACCCCUUCAGAUCUGAUAACAUCAGCAACACAUAACCCUCUCCAUGGUGUCUGACAGCUGCUCCAGCACUGCAGGGGAUUCGUAUUGUUUGGAGUGGGUGUAGGCUUUUGUUAAAUGACUCCUUUCUUUUUCUUUUUUUUUUUUAAAGUCUCAUUGUAGCUAAACAUUGUAAUUAUACAAAUAAAUGUAAUUAAUAAAGUGUAAAUUGAUUAA